AUGCGGGUGGCGGCGGAGCCGGGGGCGCGCCCGGGCGCGGCGACAGCGACAGCCCCGGCGGGCAGCGGCUCGUGGCUGCUGGCGCUGGCGGCGCCGCUGGCGCUGCUGCUGGCGCUGGUGGUGCGGCAGCUGCUGAAGCAGCGGCGGCCGCCCGGCUUCCCGCCCGGCCCCGCGGGGCUGCCGCUGCUCGGCAACAUCCCCGCGCUGGGCGCCGAGCAGCCGCACGUCUACCUGCGGCGGCAGAGCCUGAUCCACGGGCAGAUCUUCAGCCUUGACCUCGGGGGAAUAUCUGCCGUUGUGCUGAAUGGCUACGAUGCAGUGAAGGAAUGCCUUGUCCACCAAAGUGAAAUUUUUGCAGACAGGCCAUCUCUUCCCUUGUUCAAGAAACUGACAAACAUGGGAGGCUUACUGAACAGUAAAUAUGGCAGAGGAUGGACAGAACACCGCAAAUUAGCUGUAAAUACCUUUCGAGUUUUUGGAUAUGGCCAAAAGUCCUUUGAACACAAAAUUUCAGAAGAAUCUUUGUUUUUUCUUGAGGCCAUUGAUACAUACAAAGGCAGACCCCUUGACCUUAAGCACUUGAUAACAAAUGCUGUUUCAAACAUUACUAAUUUGAUUAUUUUUGGAGAACGUUUCACGUACGAAGAUACUGAAUUUCAGCACAUGAUUGAGAUUUUUAGUGAAAACAUUGAAUUAGCUGCUAGUGCUUCUGUAUUUUUAUAUAAUGCUUUUCCUUGGAUUGGUAUCUUGCCAUUUGGGAAACACCAGCAGCUGUUCAAAAAUGCAGCUGAAGUCUAUGAGUUUCUUCAUGAGCUUAUUGAACGUGUCUCUGAAAAUAGGAAGCCUCAGUCACCUCGACAUUUCGUAGAUGCAUAUUUAGAUGAGAUGGAUUGCAAUGGAAACGACCCAGAAUCUACAUAUUCAAGAGAAAAUUUAAUUUUCUCCGUUGGAGAGCUCAUCAUAGCUGGCACAGAAACCACAACAAAUGUUUUAAGAUGGGCAGUGUUAUUUAUGGCUCUUUAUCCAAACAUUCAAGGGCAAGUUCAGAAAGAAAUUGAUGUUGUCGUUGGCCCAAACAAAAUGCCCACCCUGGAGGAGAAGUGCAAGAUGCCCUACACUGAGGCUGUUCUGCACGAGGUGCUGAGGUUCUGUAACAUUGUCCCACUGGGGAUUUUCCAUGCAACUUCCAAGGACACUGUUGUGCGUGGGUACACCAUUCCUGGAGGCACCACGGUCAUUACCAACCUCUACUCUGUUCACUUUGAUGAAAAAUACUGGAGCAAUCCAGAAGUGUUUUUUCCUGAGAGGUUUUUGGACAGUAACGGGCAGUUUGUCAAGAAAGAUGCGUUUAUUCCUUUUUCCCUAGGAAGAAGACACUGCCUUGGAGAACAGCUGGCUCGAAUGGAGAUGUUUAUUUUCUUCACCUCGUUGCUGCAGAGGUUCCACCUGCACUUCCCGCACGGAGUGAUCCCGGAGCUGAAGCCCAGGCUGGGGAUGACCCUGCAGCCACAGCCGUACCUGGUGUGCGCCCAGAGGCGCUGA